CCAAUUUUAUUAUCUAGAUUUUUUUGUUCUGAAAAUCGCUUUUCUCUACUUCUCCGUAAACACCUACUAUUGCAGAGAGCACUAGUUCUCUGAAUCAUCUCUGCUUCUUAAACCCUAAAAAAUCUUAAACCCUAAGGGUUUACCAUCUCAAUGGAAAACCUUGCCCUAGUUUCUUCCCCUAAAAUUCUACUAGGUUCUUCUUCUUCACCAAAUCUCGGCUGUCCGAUUUCACUCAAACAUUCUUCUUUUUCCCUAUUUCACAACAGACGAAAUGGUUCUUGUCAAACCAGAUGUAAAAUUACAGCUCGAGCUCACCACCGAUUUAGUGAUAAAAUUCGUCUCCCGAUAACAAAAUCAGAAAAAUCCGAAAACGGAACGGAGGUUUUUGCAAGCAUUUCUUCUUCAACUAGCAAAGAAACUUCUUCUUCUGUUGGAGUCACCCCUCAGCUCGUACCACCACCUCCAUCAUCUCAGAUAGGAUCACCAUUAUUUUGGAUUGGAGUUGGAGUUGGGUUCUCUGCACUAUUUUCAUGGGCUUCUUCAAACUUGAAGAAAUAUGCUAUGCAGCAAGCAAUGAAAACUUUGACGGGACAGAUGUCCAGUGGAACUAGAAGUAGCCCAUUUAAUAAUUCUACCUUCUCUCAAGGAUCACAGUUUCCAUUUCAAUUUUCUAUGCCCCCACCACCUACAUCAGGUACCUCAACUACUCCUGUUGCCUCACCACCCAGCCGCCCUCGCGUCACAGUAGAUGUCUCGGCAACAGAUGUAGAGGCAGCCCCACACUCCUCACCUGCUGAAGUUAAACAGGAAACAGAGAUCAAGAAGGAACAACAGAAAUACGCUUUUGAAGACGUGUCUCCCCAAGAAGUGUUGCAAGAGGAUCUUUUUACUAAUUCUAAAGAGUCAUCGGAGCAAACUCCCACCAAGAGUGCUCAAUUUUCAGAAGAAGUUUCUCCAAACGGAGCUGCUCCGAAGCAGGAUGAAAGUUACUAUAAAGAGGCACCACAAUCUUCUGGAAAAUCUCCCAUGUCAGUAGAGGCAUUGGAGAAAAUGAUGGAGGAUCCAACAGUACAGAAAAUGGUUUAUCCCUAUUUACCUGAGCAAAUGAGGAAUCCUGAGACCUUCAAGUGGAUGCUUCAGAAUCCAGAGUAUCGCCAACAGCUGGGAGAUAUGCUAAACAAUAUGGGUGGAGGCACUGAAUGGGACAACAGAAUGAUGGAUUCCUUGAAAAAUUUUGAUCUUAGCAGUCCGGAAGUCAAAGAGCAGUUUGACCAAAUCGGGCUUACACCAGAAGAUGUUAUUGCAAAAAUUAUGGCUAAUCCAGACGUUGCUAUGGCAUUUCAGAAUCCGAGAGUUCAACAGGCUAUCAUGGAUUGCUCACAGAACCCUCUCAGCAUUGCUAAGUACCAAAAUGACAAAGAGGUGAUGGAUGUGUUCAACAAAAUCUCGGAACUCUUCCCUGGGGUUGGUUCACCUUGAUUUCCUUCAUUCACCUAAAGCUUCAACUUGCUAGGAUCAGUGUAGCUUGAAAUCUACAUUGAUUGUACAGGAGGACCUAUGUUCGGAUCUAAAUACCAAGUUUUGUUUUAUUUUUUAGACGAUUUAGAUUAAGCUUACUGGUUCAAAAUGUAGGAGUCUGUAUUGUUUGAAAACUGUCCAACGAUAGCUAGGAUAAUCAGAAUUCUUACCUGUGUACUUUGUGAUAGACAAUUGUUAUUAUAUUUUUGGUGUUACGAAUGCAGGCAUUUUUGUGUUA